AGUUGAUCUCCAAACACACAGCCUAAACAAAAAAAGAUCUCAAAGAAAUGGCAUCAAUGGCUAGCUCCACAACCCUUGUGAAAGCAACCCCAUUCUUGGGCCAAACCAAGAAUGCCAACCCUUUCAGAGAUGUUGUCUCAAUGGGCAAUGCCAAAUACACCAUGAGUAAUGACUUGUGGUACGGACCCGACCGUGUUAAGUACUUGGGACCCUUCUCGGCUCAGACUCCUUCCUACCUUAACGGAGAAUUCCCCGGUGACUACGGCUGGGACACGGCCGGUUUGUCCGCCGAUCCCGAGGCCUUUGCCAAGAACAGGGCUCUCGAGGUUAUUCAUGGUAGAUGGGCCAUGCUUGGAGCUCUAGGAUGCAUCACACCAGAGGUUCUUCAAAAAUGGGUCAGCGUGAGCUUCAAGGAGCCCGUGUGGUUCAAGGCCGGUGCACAGAUCUUCUCCGAGGGCGGUCUAGACUAUCUUGGCAACCCCAAUCUGGUCCAUGCUCAGAGCAUUCUAGCAGUUCUUGGAUUCCAAGUCGUGCUCAUGGGACUCGUGGAGGGAUUUAGAAUCAACGGCCUUGAUGGAGUCGGAGAGGGCAACGACCUCUACCCAGGCGGCCAGUACUUUGACCCACUUGGCCUGGCCGACGACCCCGUCACAUUUGCCGAGCUCAAGGUCAAGGAGAUCAAGAACGGAAGACUUGCCAUGUUCUCCAUGUUCGGAUUCUUUGUCCAGGCGAUCGUCACCGGAAAAGGACCCCUCGAGAACCUCUUGGAUCAUCUCGACAACCCGGUCGCUAACAACGCCUGGGUCUACGCAACCAAGUUUGUCCCUGGAUCAUAAUCAAUCAACAUGGACAGAUAUAACAAUGUGUAGAUUAUUUAUUUGAGUUGAGUGCAUUACUAUUUUCCCCAACAAAAUGUUGUUCAUCUACAAAAGGAGAAUGGAAUUACAUAACCUCAAACUUGAUCGUUUCCUAAA